CGCAGUCCCAGCAAUCACAGACGCCGCCGCCAAAGACUCAGGCGCCGUCGCUGCAGAGCCAAGCGUCGCCGCCACAGAGGCAAGCGCCGCCGCCGUAGAGCCAGGCGUCGUCGCAGCUGGCAGAAGCGCCACCACCCGACGGAGAUGUCGUCCGACGAAGACGAGCCAGUCGCCGGCAGAGGCAGGGGGAGAGGCCGGCGAGGUCGUGGAUUCGGCAGGCGUUUUCGCAAUGAGUGUCUCGCCGGCGGCGGGAUUUUUAUUUUCUAAUUAAUGUUUAGUAUUUUUUUAAUUGAUAUUUUUGUUUCUUUGUUUUUGCUGUUCCUAGGCUUAUGGACCCUUAUUCGAUGAGACUACCUCUGGCGACAAUUGAUCCAGCUCCGGUCGAUCUGGUACUUCUUUGGGAACAUGGCCAACAUCGUAUCGACUCAGUUUGGGCAAACGAGGUAAGUAUUUGAUAAUUAUUCAUGUAAAGUUAUUAAUUAGCUAAUUAGAUUAUUUUGGUUGGUGAACUGAACUGUACUGAAAUUAGAAUAGGAUUACGUACCAAAUCUUUUGAAAUUCGUAUAAUUUGAGAUUAGAUUAGAUAGAUUAGAAUUUAUUAGGUAAAAAUUAGAAUUAUUACGAAUGAAGUUGAAUUAAUAUAAGUUUUGUGCACUAUAGGCUGGUGAUCGAUCUUACCAUGUUCGAGGUACGACUAAUUUAGUGAUGUACCAUGAGCUUUAUCGGCCAUAUCUCGAAGCGGCUGGCUUGUUUAGUGUUGUGCCCCUGGUCCCUAUGAGCUCCGAUGCGAGUUUGAUUACUGCGCUCGUCGAGCGCUGGCGACCCGAGACGUCGACCUUUCAUAUACCGCUUGGUGAGAUCACGAUCACGUUAGAUGACGUUGUUACACUGUCCGGUCUGGCGAUCGACGAUGAUGCCGUCGUAGUUGAUAUACCGGAUGAGGAGUGGUCGGCUAUCUGUUUGAGACUGUUAGGACGGGUUCCGGCUGAUAUUGUAGGCGGUGUCGCUGUUGUUAGGAUUGUUUGGCUGAUGGUUGAAUUCAAUCAUCUGCCGAGAAAUGCAUCACAGGAGGUUAUAGAGCAGUUUGCACGAGCUUAUGCUCUAUCUCUAAUGGGAGGUGUACUUUUCCCGGAUCGGUCUGGAGCUACGGUGCACCUACAGUACCUACUUCUGAUUGAGGAUUGGCAGAGAGCUGAACGGUUCGCCUGGGGAGCUGCUGUUUUAUCCUACCUGUACCGUGAGAUGGGUAGGUCGGCUUUGCACAUUACGCAUUCCGGCACUUCUCUAGGCGGUGACCUUGGUGGAUGGGUCGCCCUACUGCAGCUCUGGGCGUGGGAGCGAUUCUCACAUCUGGCACCUCGACAUUCAGAAAUGAGGGCACAGAUUUCUGAGGAUGCAUCUCCACGUGGUCUUCGAUGGCUUCCGGUCAACAGUCGUCAGUAUGGUGACCAGCUAUUCCAGUACAAGCUGUGGUUUGACGCGAUGGACAUCGUGGUUGUUAGUAUAUAACAUUCCAUUUUAUAGAAUAGCUUUCAUUUGUUUUUUUUAGAUUUAGGGAUAAUAACGUUAAUUUUUUUUAUGUAGUGGCAACCUUACCUUGAGAGAGCUCUUCAUCACAGAGGUAGUGUGAUACAGUUUGAGACAUUUCGAGUAGUAGUGCCACUUAUCUGCUUUUCAUCGAUGAUGUGGCAUCAUCUAGACCGCGUUCUCCGGCAGUUUGGCAUGAGACAGCAUGAGCCUCAUCCGCCACAUCCUGAGGCUGAGGUUAGGUUUUUUCUUCGUCAAACUACUCGUGGGCCAUCCCGUGGGCAGCAGUUGGUACACGCCUCCAGAGAGUCGCUUGCUUUCUGGAACCGUUGACACGAGUUUGUAGUGACGGCUCCAUACACUGAUGAGGAGUUAGCCUAUCACUUGGAGCAUAUGGAGUGGUAUAGAGAUAUCACCAGGCGUUCCGGCACACGGAGAGGAACUCUUACCCAAUCAAUCACCGAUGUUGGCAUUUUUCUCUUGACCACCCGCAAGAAUGUUUGCAAAAAUCGUAGGAUUCUUCCCAAUUUCCAUGCAACUUCUCCAAUGCUCUUUGUUUCCCAUACCAAGCCUUCUUGUAAGUAACUUGCAUAUUAAACUUAUCUUUCAACUCGGCCUGCACAGUUAGAACACUCAGAUUUGGUUGGGCACGUACCAAAUGUUUGACGGCCUCAGAUAUCAUGUCGACAUCAAGAUGGUGAUGAUCCGUCGGUUGAGUCGUACUGCUACAAGAAUGCACCAACUCAGCAUUUCUCACAGUCCAUUCGCCUCCAACAUCUCGACAUCCAAACCGCACCAUCCAAGGACAAUUGUCAUCCUUGUGCCGCAAGCAUCUGACCUUCCAGAUUGAAGGUGACGACUCCACCACGCCAUAUUGAAAGUUGCGUUGUAGUGCGUGGUGUUUAAUCGCCAUCUGUGCAUCUUGUUUCGAGUGAAAUAUCUGCCCCUUGUAGAAUUCUCCUUCAAAACUAUCAACAAUAGGCAUUGGAAUUACGCCAUAUGAAUCAGCAAGUGAUAAUUCUUCGUCCUCUUCAUUACCCUGCAAGUAAAAAUAUGGAGGAUAAUUAGGCUGCUCUCCUUCCCCCUCUUCUUCUUCUUCUUCCUCCUCCUCCUCCUCCUCCACCUCCUCCUCCUCAUCUUCCUCCUCUCCGUCAUCAUAGUCAUGACCGGAUGGCACGCUCCAUGUAUCUGAUCCUCACUGAGCUCAACGUGUAUCUCAGCACCCAAACAAUAAGGAUUUUGUGCCAUAAAAUUCCAAAGCACAUUCAAGCUAUCAUCAUCCACAAUAGGCAUCGCAUAAUGAAAUAAAACACCAUUCUGCCAUUCUGGAAGACGGUAAGUGAAACCUGUGAUCACAUCACUAUCUUGUACUGCUUUGUCUCUACGCUGUAUUCUCGGAAUUAGAUUCUCACAAAGUUUGUGAUAUGUGACCCUGGAUGGAACCGUCAACUGAAAACUACUACCACCAAUGAAUUUGACGCCCAAAUUAUCCUCUACUUUCUCCGAUUUCCACCGAACGACUAGUUCAGAUCUUCUAAAAUCACUACAAAAAACAAACUCACUAAUUAAAACUAAACACAAUCAUAAUAGCAUUUGAAUAAUAUAAUUACAAAAAUAAAUGUGUCUCUUACCUAUUAGCCAUUUUUGCAGCAGCAACCAGAGCUCUCUCCUCUAUCUUGGACGAUUUUUUUUUGUGGUGUGAAACUGAAACGAAAUUGGCUGGUUUUUAUAGGGGGUGGCCAGCAAUAAGCCAGCGGUGCCAUCCUUAGUCUUGGGCGCCACCGCCUGGGAUAAUUUCCCACCAACUCACCUAUGUCUCAGGCGGUGCCAUCUGAGUCUUGGGCGCCGCCGCUGUCACAUUAAUAAAACGAUCCAAAAAGUCAGCAAAAGCGGCAACGCCUGAGUCUCAGGUGGUCUCGCCGAUUCUUUUCUCCAAAACACAAUAUCUGUGUCAAUACUUUUUAAUCCACCAUAUUGGUGGUAAAUUUUUUUAAAAAAACAAUAUUUGUGUCAUUGUUCCAAAAAUGUACAAGGCAUAAUGUGUGUUUUCCUCCUAGAAGUUCACUUCUAUUACCAAGAAAUCAAAGACACCAUUAUUUACAGUAAAAAAAAAAAUAGUGGCGAAAUUCAAUUUCACUCAGCAAGAAAAAAAAGUCUUAUUAGCCACUAAAUGAGUCGUUCGAUUGCUUUGCCUACCUCUAAAUACUAUGGAGAAGGUUCAAUAAUGUUGUCGGAGGCGAACGAUCCUAAAAAAUUAAUCCUCCUCUUGUAUCACGAACCUUGAAGCCCCUGAUUUUAUUAAUGAAAGCUUUUUGUAUCCUUCGGAAUGUCACUUCAAUUACACCCCCUUCACACAGCACCACUGAAUCACAUAUCAAAUUGUCGUCAAUCCCACUAGAAAGAGGUAUGCCAAACUUGCAUAAUGAAAACCCAACACGAAAUCCGUACCCUAUCUCUUAAUAUUAAUCCCCAAUCAUGACAUAAAUGAGUUAAGACUUA